AUCUAAACAUUAGUUUGUUAUAAAAUGGCGGGCGAGAAGUUACGAACUCGACCUCUUGUGAAGUUUGAACUGCUUUAGAUGUUCGGGAAAAUGUGUCUGAUGAUUUUGAAGAACGAUUUAAGUGUAUGAAGCAUUGGAAACACAAUACAAGGAUAAUCUACUCAGCGUAAUCAGUUUCUUUGAGGAAACAGAUGUUUUAACGAGCUGUAAAAAUGGAUCAAGACAACCAUUAUCACACACAACAAGAUAUACAACUUAAGGACUUAAAACCAUGCAUGAUGGGUGACCUUCUGGAAUACUUUGAGGAGCGUGCCCGAGUGUUGGACAGCAUGGCUCCGACAAUUCAAACCUCGGCCGCCAUGUGUAACCCUGACUUCAUCUCCUGUAUCACCUUCAAUGGCAUCCCGAUACUGCCACCUGUGCUAACAGCUCGUCGGCGUGAGGAGAUGCAGGAAUACAAGCGCCAGGCCAUGCGUCGCAAUUACCAGCGUAAGACACGCCAGCGAGAACAGAUGAACGCGCGCCUUAGUUCUCUGGUGAAGGAUGUAGAGAAAAGUUAUUCUCUAAAGUCUCGGGUCAGCCUUCCCCGUACCGUUGGUCUAUCCAAACUGCUCGAAAAGAAUGCAUCAAGAUGGACUGAAGUGAAACAAUCAGAAGAACAGGAAGUUCCAACAAGGGACAUAACUCCAAAAACACAUCAGAGUAAAACAGUAUCUUCAAAUUCAGCAGAAGUCAGUAAAGUUACAAAGGCCAAAGUUGAAAGGUCAAGUCGUCCAGCAGAGAUCAAAUCUAAAAUUUCUUCAAAAGCACGACGAGGGCAUCGUUCAGGAUCACAAGGAUCAGAUGAUGAUGUAAAAAGUGAAAUGACAGUGUUGGUAAAAACACAUAGACAUAGGAGAAGUUCUGAAGGAGAGAAAGAUGACCCUAAAAGUGAGCCAAUUAAAACCAAAAAUAAGCACAGAAUUCCAGUGCCAGAAAAAAGUAGGAAAAACAGUGGUGCAUCUCGAAAAACUAAACCAGCCCCUCGUGGUGGGAACAGCAUUGAUACCUUAAGGAGGUCAAGUUCAUUAUCUUCCCUACCAAACUUGGCAAAAAUUCAAGGGGUAAAUGCUCUGUCCAUACCCAAACCUCCUUCGUCUCAGAUGACUGAACAACAGCAGGCAAGACAGUUGUCUCUUCGGCAUUACUCCAAUUCUCAACCUGACCUCAGAACACUCAGUGCUGAAAAUAUCACAUUUUCACCACCGACCCGUCGCUCACACAGCAAGGACGAUAUCAAUGAUCUAGACAAUGCAGGUAUUGUGUCGAUGUCCCGGGAACAAAGUAUGUCUAAUCCGGAUUUACCCCAAUCUUCCUCCAGUUCUGACAACCACAAGGCUACAACUGGUCUUCAGGGGGGAAAGUCUGGAAAGGAUUCCACCCUCAUUUCUGGAAACAUCCAGGAUAAUAAAAAGGAUACAAAGAAGAAUGUUGAUAGUAAAAAAUUGAAUGUAGGUGCCAAAUCAAAAGUGAACUCGGAAUCGGAACAGAAAAGACAAAUAACAAGUGCCACAAAGAAGCAAGUUGAACAAACUCAGAACAGCUCACAAACAACUUCAAGAAGUGCAAGGACAUCUGAACAAUCAGAAACGUCGGGAAGUGGGACAGCGAGUGCAGACUUUCCAUCAUUGGAGGGGUGUAAUUCUCUCCCUCAUGAGAUUGAUGGACUACGUUUCACAUCAGUGCGACAACAACACAUAGGCCACACACUGGACAAAUUGUCCAAAGUUUUGAACAUGGAAGAAACGCUUAGUACUCUAAACUCAACGUCAAGCAAUGAAAUACAAGAAAACAUUUCCAGACUGCGGCAGUCAGCCCAAUCUUCACACGUUGGCUAUUCCACACAAUCAUCAGUUCAAAGUCAGCAGAGCUUUGAUCAUGCAGGUGGUAGGCGAGGUAACACCUCACCCCAAACCAAUUUACGGAAUCCGACAGAAACGCCAUCACCAAAAACUUCAGACUCCAGUGCACCUGCAUCUACCCCCAGCUCAGCAGAGCAGUCCUUUGGCAGUAACACCAGUGGUAGUAGUACUGCGAGUCACUCCCGGGUCGGCAGUAACACCAGUGGUAGUAGUAAUGCGAGUCACUCUCGGGUCAGUGCCGUAUCUGCCUCCACUAGAAGCUCUGCAAGUUCAGUGACAGGAAGUCAAUCUGGGGGUGUGCCAAGUCGUAGAAUGAGUCCCAAGGGUUUGAAAAAUGCAGUACAUUUCGCUCCCUUAGUGACAGAAAUAAGCACUAGUGCUAGUCAAUCUUUGGAAGAUAAAAUAUCUGUAAGAAAGUUGGAUGUCACACCAACUAAUAGUAUACAGUUUGAUUCUGGUGAACAGGGACAGAUCAGUCGGACUGGACAGGAAGGAAGUAAUUUGGCUAGGAACAGAACAUCUGACAGUGGUAGUGUACCUCCAAGUGUCCAUGUCACCAUCCAAUCCUCGGAGUCCAUGUUGAGUAAAGUGGCUCUGAGCCCCGAGACAGAUUCACCCCAGACUCCAAAUGAUGGUUUGAUCAACAACAUGCCAUUUGAGACCUAUGGACAGAGUGUAGAGGGAGAGAUCAAUACGUCAGACAAGGAAAAUGAGUUGCGUACACAACCUCAGGGAAGAUCACAAAUCCCUGGUAGAUAUAUUGAUGCAGGCCUGAGAGGACCUAGCAGGAAUAUGGAUCAACUCCUGGUGAAAUCUCAGAACUCAGAUGACGGGUCACAAACCAGUACCUUAAAAGGAAGCCAAGAUCUACUAGGAGAACGGUCAUCGGUGAGGCAGGAAAUGGACCCCCAAAGGGCCACUGAAUAUCAGUCUACAGAUACGGUCAGGAAUGCCAUUGUCCAUUCUCAGGGCCAACAGACGAGGAGUACAAAUGUUAAUCCUAGGAUAGCUGCCCAAUCCCAGCCUGUGAUGGGAAGAAGUUCCGACGAUACGCUGAGAUCAACUCAGGAAUCAAGCCAUCCAGCGAUCAGAGGGAAAGUUCCUGUCAACAUCAGUGGGAAGUCCUCUUAUGUAUCACAGCAGAUUUACGAUCUUCAGCAGAAAAGCAAACAGGAUGUGGCUCAACAGCAAGCUCCGCCCAUUUUGACUCGUCCAGUGGCUCACACACAUGCUGGUACCUUUAGUCAAGUCCCCAAUACCAAGGCUGCCGAGCGAACGGUCAGCAGAGGGUCACAGCGUAAACUUAAUAUGGGUGCUGGUACAAAUGUGAACUGCCUUCCUCCUAAAAAUGUAACUGGUGAUUCGGACGGAGAAAGGGAGGCAAAAGCUGAACACAUUCAGAAAUAUUUGAACCACGUACAACGCCACUCGCUGGAGGCUGAUGCUGACUCAGCUGAAGAUUCAAAGCGCGCUAAUGUCAAAAAGAAUUCUCCAAGCUUGCAAGAGCCAUUCGAUCUACGCUCCACCAUCCAGUCAUUCACAUCUAGUCUGCAAUCUUUGAAUCAAACUGAUGAGGAGGAAUUGUUGAGGAUACAAGCCGAACACUUUGACAAAUUGCGCAGGCAUUUGAUAGAUCAACAGAAACAUCAACUUGAGGAGUUGUUUGUUCAUCAGCGACGAGAACAAAUGGUGCUACAAACAGACAUUGAGAAAUACCAAAGUCAGCUGCAGGAACAGGAAGAGUUCCUCUCUAAAAACUCACCUUCCACCAGUUACAACAAUCUCCCUGGCACCCAACAGGUACCGGUAGCCUAUGGGCAGUCUUCUCAAGAUCCAACACAUCAACUUCAGCCUCCUGACAACAAGAACAUUCCGAGUCACUUCCAGUCACAUCAUCCAUCACAGUCUCACUAUCAUAUACAAACAAGUUCACACCCAAAUACACAAUCGAAUUCACAGACACAUUCACAAUCAAAUUCCUAUUCACACCCUUAUUCAAAUUCACAUUCAUUUUCACAGUCUGAUUCUUAUUCUCAUCCACAAUCCAAUUCACAAGCAAAUAUUCAGCCUAAUCUGCCCUCUCAACAUCAACCACAAGUACAUCCUCAGCAUCAGCAACCUAACCCCCAGCAGCCUAAUAUUCCCCUUCAGUCAAACAUCCCCCAGCAGCAGCCAGGUCCAGCCAGCCAGUCCUAUCAGCAGAGCUAUCCAUACCAAGAGCAGUAUGUCCAAAGGACUAAUCCGCACCCUGGAUACACACAGCAGCAAUAUACAUCCUAUGACACAGCAUAUUCGACAGACCGUGGCAGUUAUCCCCAUGGUCUGUCGCAUGCGUCUACUAAAGUGUUACACCCAGCUCAGGCCCAGGGUCAGACACAAUAUGUGUCCCAGUCUAACUAUCAUCAGCCUGUAGAUAUACAAGAUCCCAAUUAUUUCAGACACCCUUCCACCCAGCAUCCACCUCCUGACACCCUCAGACAUAAUCAUCCACCACCUCCUAAGUACUCCCAGCAUGAUCCACGCAAACUUAACGGCAAUCCGUACGAAUUACACAACAAUGGAAGAGAUCCACGGAACCCGUUGUCCAAUCCACAAGGCCAUAACGAUCAGGGCGAGUCCUACCAGUCUCCACCACGUGACGAUGCCAACACCAGUCAUCAGUACUCAUAUGUACCAAGUCCUAGUCUGUAUUAUAAUCCGCGAGAUAAUGGCUCGGACAUCAGCACCUUCAGCAAGGCCACGCCCAAACAGAGUCUCACAUUCAACAAUCACUCCACGCCCACACCAAAGAUCCACAAACCUGUGCUUCGGUCGCCGAUCAAGCAGCCUUCCCUUGCUUUUUCUGACCAGCAUGUGGUUGUACCUGAAUUGGCAUACAAUGCGAACCUGAAGCGAUGUUUUGAUAGAGUGUCGGCAUGUGUCCGAGGUUACCUCACACGGAGACUUCUACGCACAGAGAAGGUCCAGGAGAUUCUCAAAACCAUCAAGGAUACAAAAGAUUUUGCAUAUCAAUUCCAAGCAGAGACACCAAUUAAACGAGGGGAUUUCUCCUCUUCAGACCGACAUCUUCUUGACCGGAUCAUAGCUCAGCUGCAGGCAGCUCUGUUGGACGUUCAUGAGAUUUUUUUUGAGAUUCCGGUUUGGGAAAGGAUGAGUUUGAUUGCCCAGUCCCGCCAGGCACAGGAGGAAAAACGCCUCAGGGAAAGUACUGGGACAAGAUCAAGUGUAUCCAGUUCUCAUCCGAGGAUCAGCUCGGCCACACUCAAAGCUAUUGAGCGCAAACGCAAGCAAGAAGAGGAAGUUGCAGUGUCUGCAGACUCAAGACCUAGGUCUGCCCCACCUCCAGUUGGCAAUACAGCAUUUCCUUCCUCGUACGGCAAUGUUCCCUCACAGGUCGCAACUCAGGCACGCAUUAACUCCCAAAACAAUGCCCGGCCAAAUGCGCAAGUUCACGCCACAAUUAUGGAUCAGCGAGCUUUGAGGCCACUGCCAGGUCAAGGUCAGAGUAGCCAAACCCAAGGUCAGACAUCUCGGAUAACCACAAGACCAAAAGAGAGACCCCAGACUGCUCCUAACCAGACAACAGGAAAUACAGCCCCCCAUCCAUACCUCAUUGCCAAGUCCAAAAAAUCAAGUAUCCCCUCAUUCAAAGACAAACAAUCCAACAAAAUCACUUCCAAUUCAAAGUCAGCCAGUACAUCAUCAACAGCAACAACUGCCGCCAAGAAUAAACCUGCGGGGUCAAAGAUCAAACCGAAAACAACAGACAAGGCCUCAAAAGCAUGGAGAGGUUGAACAAAGGGGGAGAACUUUGUAGCAAGAGGAACUUGAUUACCUCAAAAUGUGCAACAGGAGACCCAUGAGCACUUGAUCAAUUUUAACAGAAUUUAACAUUGAUAGAUUGGACCAUGAAAUAGUAAUAAUAAUAUACAACAUUUAUAUAGCGCCCUAUAUAAUUUGUAAAAUUACUCUUAAGCGCUU